GGGCGGGCACGUGGUGCGCGGCCCCGGCGAUAAAGAGCGCGCUUGGGAGCGCCGCGCGGAGCGGCAGAGGUGGAUCCGCGGCGAGUGGACUUUUUCAGCAGCUCAAUGGCCUCCCCGAAGAAGAAACUUCAAGGUCUUGUUGCUGCGACCAUCACGCCAAUGACUGAGCAUGGAGAAAUCAACUUCUCAGUCAUUGGUCGGUAUGUGGAUUAUCUUGUAGAAGAACAGGGAGUGAAGAAUAUCUUUGUGAAUGGCACGACCGGAGAAGGCCUGUCCCUGAGCAUCUCAGAGCGCUGCCGGGUCGCGGAGGAGUGGGUGACAGAAGGGAGGAACAAGUUGGAUCAGAUAGUAAUUCAUGUGGGAGCACUGAGCUUGAAGGAGUCACAAGAACUGGCCCAACAUGCAGCAAAAAUAGGAGCCGAUGGCAUCGCUGUCAUUGCACCUUUCUUCCUCAAGCCGUGGAACAAAGAUGUCCUGAUUAACUUCCUAAAGGAGGUGGCCGCGGCUGCCCCUGCACUGCCGUUUUACUACUAUCACAUUCCUGCCUUGACAGGGGUAAAGAUUCGUGCUGAGGAGUUGUUGGAUGGAAUUCAGGAUAAGAUCCCCACCUUCCAAGGGCUGAAAUUCAGUGACACAGAUCUCUUAGACUUCGGGCAGUGUGUUGAUCAGAAUCGCCAGCAACAGUUUGCUUUCCUUUUUGGGGUGGAUGAGCAACUGUUGAGUGCUCUGGUGAUGGGAGCAACUGGAGCAGUGGGCAGUACCUAUAACUACCUGGGAAAAAAGACAAACCAGAUGUUGGAGGCUUUUGAACGGAAGGACUUCUCCUCGGCCCUGAACCAUCAGUUUUGUAUUCAGAGAUUUAUCAACUUUGUGGUCAAACUAGGUUUUGGAGUGUCACAGACCAAAGCCAUCAUGACUCUUGUCUCUGGGAUUCCAAUGGGCCCACCCCGGCUUCCACUACAGAAAGCCUCCAGGGAGUUUACUGAUAAUGCAGAAGCUAAACUGAAAAGCCUAGAUUUCCUUUCUUUCACUGAUUUAAAGGAUGGAAACUUGGAAGCUUGUAGCUAGCGCCUCUCUCUAUCAAAUCAGGGUGUGUACGUUGAGAUAUAAUCCACUUUGAAUACUGCAUUCAUUUCUCAAAAACUUUUUAGAUGAGUUUGAACUAAACUUUCCUAGCAAAUGAAAUCUUGCAUCAAUCAACAAGUAUUUAAAUACCUACUAUGAUCUUUUAAAAGUUUUAAUUUGUGAAGGGGCAAAAACUCUAAAAGGAGUUAUGAGCCCUAAGUCAUUCAAUAUUUCACAGAAUUUUGGUGGAGAAGUUUUUGCAUAAAUGGAUAAGAUGGAAUCAAGAGGAAAAUUGUAAUUGAUUAAUUCCAUCUGCCUUUGGGAGCUCCCAUUAUCUUGAUUUCUGCUUGUUAAUCCUAUUUUAAAGUUUUCUAAUUUUAAACCACCAUAAUGUACUUUCAUUUUAAUAAAUAUCCAUUUGGAAUC